CUUUAAAAAUUUAAAAUUAUCAAAAUUUGUGAUACAAUUAAUUAUUAAAUUAUUAAUCUAAUUGCAUUUCAAAUAUGGGAUUUGGGUCCAACAAUCAUUGCUUAGAGAUGAAAAAGAAGUAGCGAGUGAAGUCUGGCCCAACCCACACCACCUUCCUCGAUCCAUAGACCAUUGUUUGCACUCUCCACGGUAAGCGAGCGUAAAUACUUCUGUUCUUAUGUUUUCCAAAAUCCAAGCAACAGCUUCUCGGACCUUUUCUGAACAUUGUUUUCUUUCGCCUUCUUCUAACCCUAAUUCAAAACUGGCCUAAGAUUCAGUCAUAUUCAAUCAAAUAUGUCUCAGGAGGAGCUUGCGAGGGAAGCCAUAAAGCACGCGCUUAAGGCGUUAAGGAAGCGCCAUUUACUUGAAGAAGUCGCUCAUGCUCCUGCUUAUAUUGCUCUUUCCAGACCGAUUAUCUUUCAGGGAUCAGAAUGGAAGGAGAAAGCAGAAAAUCUUGAAUUGGAACUUCAGCAAUGUUACAAAGCUCAGUCUCGGUUAUCCGAGCAACUUGUGGUGGAGGUAGCAGAGUCCCGAGCAUCAAAAGCUGCACUGGAAGAGAAAGAGGCAGCAUUCACUGAUUUGCAAAAGGAGUUGGCUCAAACAAGGGAUGAAUGCUCUCAAUUAAAGGUAGAUUUGGAAGAAAAAAUUAAGGCGUUAGAAUUGGUUGUGAGUGAGAAUCACUCACUUCGGAAGCAAUUGGAAGAGAUGAUUGUCAAGGCUAAGAAUGCAGAAGCGGAAAAUAAGAUAUUAGUUGAUCGCUGGAUGCUGCAAAAGAUGCAAGAUGCGGAACGUCUUAAUGAGGCGAAUGCACUAUAUGAAGAAAUGGUUGAUCGGCUCAAGGCAAGUGGUUUAGAGAAACUUGCUCAGCAGCAAGUGGAUGGUGUGGUCCGGCAAAGUGAAGAUGGUGCUGAGUGUUUUGUGGAAUCAACCAUUCCUGCUGCAUGCAAGCGCAAAAUUACAGCUCAUGAGGGUGGCUGUGCUUCUAUAAUGUUUGAGUAUAACUCAAGCAAAUUAAUUAGUGGUGGACAGGAUCGAUCAAUCAAAAUGUGGGAUACAAAUACUGGAUCUUUAAGUCGUACACUUUAUGGUUGCCUUGGCUCUGUUCUUGAUCUUUCGUUGACCCAUGAUAAUAGAUCUGUCAUUGCAGCCAGUAGCUCCAACAACUUGUAUGUGUGGGAUGCCAACUCAGGACGUGUCCGUCACACUCUCACAGGCCACAUUGACAAAGUGUGUGCUGUGGAUGUCAGCAAAAUUUCUAGUCGACAUGUUGUCAGUGCUGCUUAUGAUCGUACUAUAAAAGUGUGGGAUUUGCAAAAAGGUUACUGCACCAGCACAAUUGUUUUCCACAGCAACUGCAAUGCUCUUUGUUUUAGCACGGAUGGAAUGACCAUUUGUUCAGGCCAUGUUGAUGGGAAUCUUCGUUUGUGGGAUAUUCAUACAGGAAAGCUACUCAGUGAAGUCGCUGCACAUUCACUUGCUAUUACUUCUAUAUGUCUGUCUAAAAAUGGAAAUGUUGUUUUGACAAGUGGGAGGGAUAACUUGCACAACUUAUUUGAUAUGAGGUCUUUGGAAGUUUGCGGUACAUUAAGAGCGACUGGAAACAGAGUGGCGUCUAAUUGGAGUCGCUCUUGCAUGAGUCCUGAUGACAACUAUGUUGCUGCUGGAUCAGCUGAUGGAUCUGUGUACAUUUGGUCAAUAUCUAAAGCUGAUAUUGUAAGCACUCUGAAAGAGCACACUUCUUCUGUCCUCUGUUGUUCGUGGAGUGGACUUGGAAAACCAUUAGCCACUGCUGACAAGAACGGAAUUAUGUAUACCUGGGCAUGAUGAUUUAUUUGUGCGCUUGUGAAUAUGACAAAUUGUUUAUCCAAAACCUGGCUACGUUUCUCUGCAAAAUUUUAUUGCCUGGUUUCCAAACAAGUUGGUGAAAUGCUGGGAGUCAUGAGAUGAUAAAAGUUGCUUGAUCCCACGGCCGCCCAGCAUGAUUCUUGACGGAGGGGUGUGCCUGCCUAGGAAAGUUUACCGUUUUCAUAGAAAUACUACAGUACAUGGGAAGCUAUGAACAGAUUGAUUACUUGUAAGUAUUGGAAGAGAAUGACAAAUUAAAUUCGUUGGAUGCGACUUUUGUGUCAUAUUGUUUAACCAUAUCUCCCUUAAAACUGAAUUCAUUGUUUUGUGCACUAUGAAGUGGUCCAUGUAGAUCAUUAUGAUUGAAAUGUACGAUUUAAUUUGCUGUA